AAAAGUAGGAUCCGCACAGAUCACACGGCGAUAUUAUACACUGCUGUAGUCAAUAGUCUUGAACACGAACAAAUUUUUAAAUUUAUAAAAAGGAAAGUGUAGUUACAUACUUUUGUUUGUAAAUAUUAUAGAAUUCUCUUUCAUUUUAACAAUCCGAAAAAAUAGAAUUUUUUUUGUGUCACAAAAACAUGAAAUUAACUAACCAAUAUAUGAACGUAUCGAUUCAUUGUUUUCAAAGGUUAAACGUGCCUCAAAUGCUGCGAAUUGUUAUGUAAAAUCAACUAAGAAGUAGCAGUUACUGACUUCUUUUCGAAAAUGAGACUUAGUUUUAUUCGAGUUGGAUCUGAAGUUGCGAAAACAACAUUUCCACCUUGCAGUAGUUUGCAAAAAUGUACGAGUAAAGUAUUGCGUAACCAUUGAACUUGUUUUCUUUAGCUAGCUACCUAUAUAUAUAUUAUAUACUUGUGGGGUGAUAAGUACGUUGGAUAAUAUCGCAGAUGAGACGUAACGUAAAAUCAAGUUUUUGUCGUAAAUGAAAAAUAGAAGACAUCAUCAUCAAUACUACUGAUAGGCAUAUGUCAAUAUGUGAGACUACAGAUGUACCUAUAUAUGUAUACACAUAUACAUGCAUCAUGCUAUUAUGAUGGGCGGCGGACGCACAUAGGCACAUAUGAUGUGAUGUGACUGUGAGGAACAAGUAGGCAACAGCGCAAAUAGUGGGGGGUCUCUCGCUCGUAUACGUGGGAGGGGACGAGAGAACGAUCUGGGGUUGGUCGCGAAUCGAGAUUUGGAUUUCACCUUAGAGACGGUGUGAAGGUCGCAAGGGCAACUGGGCUCUAGUUCACAUCAGCAGAUACUUACUACUCAGCUCUUUUCGUGGCUCUUCUUUUGCAGAUCGCACAGUAGCAUCUAUUCGUUUAUCAAUACUCGCAAGGCACCAGUCAACCCCUGCAAAAAUGGCACGCAAAUUUGUAGUUGGUGGCAACUGGAAGAUGAACGGCACGAAAAAAGAAAUUGACGAUAUCGUCGCGUUCUUGAAAGCCGGCCCCCUUGAUCCAAAUGUUGAGGUAGUUGUUGGAGUUCCCUCAAUUUACCUGACAUACACAAAAGGCAUUCUGCCCAGCAACGUAAGCAUUAGUGCUCAGAACUGUUACAAAGUUCCAAAGGGAGCAUUUACUGGAGAAAUCAGUCCUGCCAUGCUUGUUGAUAAUGGCAUUCCGUGGGUUAUUAUUGGUCACUCAGAAAGAAGAAAUGUUUUUGGAGAAUCAGAUGAACUGAUUGCUGAAAAAGUGGCUCAUGCCUUGGAAGCUGGUUUAAAAGUCAUUGCUUGUAUUGGAGAAAAAUUAGAAGAGCGUGAGGCUGGAAAGACAGAAGAAGUUGUCUACAGGCAAACAAAAGCUAUUGCAGACAAAAUUAAAUCUUGGGACAAUGUUGUUGUUGCAUACGAGCCUGUUUGGGCUAUUGGAACCGGUAAAACUGCUACUCCUCAGCAAGCACAAGAAGUCCAUGAAAAACUUCGCUCUUGGUUUGCCAAAAAUAUUAGUCCAGCAGUUGCCGAAUCCAUUAGAAUUCAAUAUGGAGGUUCAGUCACAGCAGAUAAUGCCAAGGAAUUGGCCAAGGAAAAAGAUAUUGAUGGCUUCCUUGUAGGAGGUGCUUCUCUGAAACCUGACUUUGUAAAGAUUGUUAAUGCUAAACAGUGAAUCAUUAAAACAUCGUGUUAAUUUGCAUUAAUUAUUGUAUUGUAAUAUGUACAAAAACAAAAUUUCACAUUCUUUUUUUUAAGAUAAGAUAUUUAUGAGGUAACUUUCUUCAAGAUCUUUUAUGUUCGUGUAUAAUUUUCUUAAAAAGAAUAUGUGUACAGAAAGUUAAUAAUGAAGAGAAUAAUAAAACAUUGUUAAUGAUAUUACAGUUUAUUUUUUAAGAUUGUAAAUGUUAUCCAAACGUGAAACAAAAAGUAACAAUAAAAAUAUGUUAAAUACUAU